AUGAAGUUCCUCAAGGUCGGCCGAGUCGCCAUCAUCACCCGAGGCCGAUAUGCCGGCAAGAAGGUCGUCAUCAUCCAGCCCGUCGACAACGGCAACAAGCCUCACCCCUUCGGCCACGCCAUCGUUGCCGGCAUCGAGCGCUACCCCUCAAAGAUCACCCGUCGCAUGUCCAAGACCCGACAGGAGAAGCGCAGCAAGGUCAAGCCCUUCAUCAAGGUCAUCAACUACAACCACCUGAUGCCCACCCGAUACACCCUUGAGCUCGAGGGCAUCAAGGGCACCAUCUCCGCAGACACCUUCAAGGAGGUCAGCCAGCGAGAGGACGCCAAGAAGACUGUCAAGAAGGUUCUGGAGGAGCGAUACACCAGCGGCAAGAACCGAUGGUUCUUCACCCCUCUGAGAUUCUAA